AUGAAUAUUAAAAUCUAUCAUCCUAAGGUAAGCAAGACGAGAGGAGAGCCAAGCACGAGCACAAACCUAAAAGAUGCUCUCUGCGAGAAGAUUCCCGUGCAUCACGAUCUUCUAAGAUAUAUUCGACGUUACUUCGGCCCGAAUAUUAUCAGUCAAAUUACGGUCGAUAGUCUGUACGAUGGAUUAAGCGAUGUAAAAGCAAUUGUCAGGGAAACUUCGGAAAUCGAUCCUAAAUACGGCAUCUUGUACCGUGGAUUGACUAUACCGGAAGUAAUCACUCUAUUGCCUCGUCAAGGAAAUUCGCCGAGUGCGGAAGCUAUCUUUUGGUUGCUUUUAACCGGUGACAUCCCGACGCAACAGCAGACGACUUCGUUAAUCGCCGAUUGGACAUCGCGACGUCAAAAAUAUACCGAAUGGUGGUCAGGUCCACGGGGUGAAACGAUAGUUUCAAUUUUGCGUUCUAUGCCCGAGGCAAUUACACCUAUGCAUAGAUUAUCGAUCGCGCUCACAAUUUUUAAUAUCAGCAAACAAGCAAAGGAAGCGAAAAGACACGGUGCUAUACCGUACACAUAUUGGGAGUAUACUUAUGAGGACGGUAUGGAAUUUCUUGCAAUUUUACCAGCAAUCAUCGGUCUAAUUGCAAAGAGAAAAAUAUUGACAAAUGUGAGCAGCAAAGGUGAUUGGGUGCAAUUUCUGUUAGAAUGCUUGACCAACAUGAAUGAGAAUUUUGACAGCCGAAAAUCAUCGGUCGCGGAUUUCUUUAGAUUAUACAUCACUUUAAACGCUGAUGACGAUGGUGGGGCUCCUCCUGCUCAUAUCACGCAUAUUUUGGGCUCGACUGAUCUCCAUAUAAAUGAGAUAUUAUCGAGCAGCGUUUUGGCGUACGUCGAUGAGCCUAAAAGUGGAACGAUGUUACAGUGGAAAGAAUUGCAAACGAAAGUCCAGAAUACGCUCGGUCAAGCGUGGACGGAACAUGGCUUGAGAAGUCGCGUGCUAAAUUUAUGGAGCAGAGAUAAAUUGAUAGGGCACCAAGAGGCGGAUUUCUGCGAUCCUCGAUAUACGGCUCUUUUGGAUUAUGCCAGACAACAUUUGCCCGAUAAUCCCGAAAUCAAGCUCUCGCAGGAUAUUACGCGGAUAUUAAAAUCGGCAUUGAAGAAACCGAAUAGGAAGCCUAUUUAUCCGGAACAAAGUGUCAUAGCUUCGAUUAUUUUUCAGUGCUACGGAUUGAAGGACAUGAACUUCAAUCAAACGAUACUUUACAUGGCGCGAACUUUGGGAAUGAUCGCUUCGAUUAUUUGGACUAAAGCUGUGAACGCGCCUGUCGAACAUCCGAUAUCAAAAUGCACUUAUAGUUAUAUAGAAUCGGUUCGUACUGACAGUAUAAAAAAGCGAGGAAAAUGUAAAACACAUUUGCCAAUGUAA